CAGAAGUUUGGAUGUCUCCAAUCAAAGUUUUAGUUCCACCAUAGUACUUUGUUAUAUCAUUAUCAUAUUAGUUUUCAUGUCCACUGUGGUUUUAUGAACAAUGUAUCUCAAUGUCAUUUUCAAAUGUCAAAAAAGUCGAAGUGCUGCAUGGCUUCAAUUUUUGUUAUUGUCAAUCGUAAUGUGCGGGUUAGCAUGGGACCCAGAAUGGAUCAUGCCAACCAACAAGUUAUCUUUAAGAGAAAAAGUGGUUGAAAUGUUUACACAUGCUUAUACCUCAUACAUGGAUCAUGCUUACCCAGCUGAUGAACUAAUGCCUAUCGCUUGUAAAGGAAGAAUUAGAGGAGUUACCUUGUCAAGAGGAGAUGUUGAUGACACAUUGGGGAACUUCUCUUUAACGCUCAUCGAUACUCUUGAUACAUUGGCUGUUCUUGGAAUGUAUGAUGAGUUUGAGGAGGCAGUUCAUAAAGUUCAAAAUGACGUUAAAUUUGAUGCUGACCUUGUUGUGUCUGUAUUUGAAACCAAUAUUCGUGUUCUUGGAGGAUUACUUGGAGGACAUGCAGCUGCAUUGGAAAUACAAUCAAAGCAUAAUAGAAUGAAAUGGUAUAAUAAUACAUUGUUAUACAUGGCAAAGGAAGUUGGAGACAAGUUAUUGCCUGCUUUCAAUACAACAACUGGAAUACCAAUGUCCCGUGUAAACCUAGCAACAGGUGCAGUCAGGAAAGUCAAAGACAAAGAUACUUGCACGGCUUGUGCUGGAACUAUGAUAAUGGAAAUGGCUGCAUUAUCAAGAUUUACAGGUGAUCCAAUAUAUGAGCAAAAAGCAAGAAAAGCGAUGGAUUAUCUGUGGUCUAGAAGGCAAAGAUCAUCUGAUUUAAUGGGAACGGUGUUAAGCGUCAAUAAUGGUGAAUGGAUAAGGAAAGAAAGCGGCGUCGGUGCUGGUAUCGAUUCAUAUUAUGAAUAUCUACUCAAAUCUUAUAUAUUGUAUGCAGAUGAAGAAUAUUUACAACGAUUUAACACUCAUUAUUCUGCAAUCAAGCAAUAUAUAAAGCAAGGACCUCUUUUAAUUGAUGUACAUAUGCACAAACCCAAUGUUGCUGCAAGAAAUUUCAUUGAUGCACUCGGGGCUUUUUGGCCUGGUUUACUGGUUCUCAAAGGUGAUCUCCAGCCUGCCAUCGAAAAUCAUGAACUCUUAUAUCAAGUAUUUCUCAAACAUAAAUUUCUUCCUGAAGCAUUUACAACCAAUUUUGAUAUUUAUUGGGGGCAAUAUCCACUCAGACCAGAAUUUGCAGAAAGCACAUACCUGCUGUAUAAGGCAACUGCAGAUCCUUAUUAUCUCGAAGUUGGAAAAACCAUUAUAGAAAAUUUAGAGAAACAUGCAAGAGUUAAAUGUGGAUAUGCUGGAAUAAAGGAUGUGCGAACUUUUAAGCAUGAAGACCGGAUGGAUUCUUAUUUUUUAGCUGAAAUGUUCAAAUAUCUUUAUCUUCUGUUCACUCCUGACAAAGAAUUAAGUUUUUUACCUAACGGAAAGUCUGCCAUGCCAGGAAUUAAUAUGGACGACUAUCUUCUUACCACUGAAGCACAUCUUUUACCACUGAAUUUGUCUAAUAUGGCAGUAAAAACAAACGAUACUGCUGGAAAACCAUGGCAUGCAGCCGUACAUGCAACUGGAAAUGCUGGGCGACACUGUCCAAACAAUGAACUUGUAAGACCAACCAACCUCCGUCCUAUUCAAAAUAUCAGAGAAAAAGUAAAACAAUUUUUCAGAGAGAUUCAUCCGGAAGAACCUCGAUCUUGUAAAAGUGCCAAUCCAUUCCAAACUAUUGAAAUAAAGGAAGGCACAAUCAAAUGGACAGGUCCAAGAUCAUUACAUGCAAAGGACUUCCAGGCUGCUAAUAAGGAUCAUCUUGAUUUGAUUAAAUUAAUGGGAAUAACAACAAAAGUCAUGCAAGAAGGAACGAUACAGUUAGAAUGGCAGCCAAAUUCUGCUUCUUCUCCAACUAAUGCGAAGGAAGGACAAAUCUUCAUGUAUGAAAUGGAAGAAAUGAGAAAAACAUCUGCAGAUACACAAGUUACACCAGUACUUGUUCAAUUACUUAGUCAACCAUAUCUGGGUGCCGUUGUUCUCAAGGCAGGACCAGCACAAUUUGGUCCAGAUUUGAACAAUGUAGAUCCGGUUUCUGGACCUCUUGUCUAUGCUAAUCCGUAUGAUGGAUGCUCUCCCCUUGUGAAUGCUGAUGAAAUUAAAGGAAAAAUAGCAAUUACGCAACGUGGUGGUUGCAUGUUUGUUAUUAAAGUCAAGAAUAUUGAAAAUGCUGGCGGCAUUGGAGCGAUAAUUGAAGAUAAUACUGCGGAAACAAAAUUCGGAGAAGGUCCUACUUUCACAAUGGCUGGUGAUGGUGAAACAUCUACUGGGAUUCCAUCUGCUUUCUUGUUUGCAAAAGAGGCCUCUAUUUUGCACACUUGUAUAGGAGAAUUUCAAGCAGAAGGAAGACCUCCAUUAGAAGUUUUAAUUGGUACUGAAGGAGAACCAUUGGAGGAGGUAAUGAGAAAAUAUGCCAAUCAGUUGCCGAUACCCGAUUUAGAAAAUCGAGAAACCAAUAUAAACGACGACGGUGAGGAUCUACCAAAUUCCAAAGAAGAAGUAACUCCGACGCAAGACACUCAAAGUAUAUUAGAUGAGUUUGAACGAAAUGAAGAUGAAACCAAAAUGGAACUUGAAACUCCAUUUCGUAGUAACGAAGGCGAUAUAGAACAAACACAAAAUGCAGUAAAUGAUAACAUUAACAAAGACGAUUCUAACUUGACAAAAGAUAGGACUAAUUUUUCUAAACCCGAUGAGCUAUGAUCAGUUGUAAAAAUUAUUAUUAUUAGCUAGCUUAUUAAUUGGAAUCAGCAGUAUUCCUGUAAUCUAUAUUGUCCUUACUGUAUACCAGCUAUAUAAAUAUGCACUUCAAUAUUAGAUUAUGCUACAAAUGCUAGUAUAGUGGUAGAAAUAUUUGAGGUGAAGAAUAAUUUACGGCGCUUGCAAAAAUAUACAUUGAAAGUGAAUUGAAUUUCAGAGUUAAACAACCCAGUGAUCAUGUUGAAAUAUUAUUCAGUUAUUCUUUUUCUUGUUAACUUAUGAAAUAGCCAUAGGGUAAAAAAAAUAAUUGUAUUCAUUAUUUGGCAUUCAGAAAAGUGAGGGUAUCGGUGUUGGAUAAUAGACUCUGACUUGAGUUGCGAGUCAUUGGUCCUGACAGUUAAUUGAUGACGAGUUCGAGUGACUUGAGUCGUGAAUAAAUGGUUAGUCGAGUCAGUCACUCAAGUCCUCCUUAAAACUUGAGUCUGCUUCUCUGAAAUUAUGGCAUGGAAAUUCUUGAAUAACGGAAUACGGUAUGGUUUUCUUGAAUAAACAUGUAUCGGAAAUUAUGUGCGAUUUUCAUACUAUACUCAUGUUGCUAGGAACAUCUUUUUUUCCAAAUGCUUGUUAUAAUAUUUUUUUGUGUAAUUGACUAAACUUUUGUAUCAUUUUCUAUAUUUACAAAAUUGAAUAUUUUGCGAAACAAAAAUUGAAAUAUUUAAUUUAUUACGGUAUUUAUUGUCAAAGUUAUUUUUACUUUUGUGGUGUUGUAUUGUUCUUGACUUUCUUUUCAAUAAUAGUACCUUACUAUUUUUUUUUGAAGAAUAACACCAGGAUUGUGUGAGUGAUGCUAUUCGAUUACAUGGAUAACACUCUUCGUGGUGUUGAUAAGUAAUUUUAUAAAAGCUGAGUUCAGAGGUUCUGGAAAUUGCCUAUCAAUUCGUACAUGAUUGUUCUAAACUUAAAUCCUUUUAUUAUCUGGAUGACACAGUGCUUUGACAAAAAGUGAUAAAAAUACGGAUUUCUCAAAUUAACAGAAAAAUAAUCCUGCCUUUCUGAUCAAAAUAAAUGAUAUGUUUAUCUCGUAUUAUUGCUGUGCAAUUCAUUUUGCAACUAAUUUUCUGUAAUGAUAAUGCUUGACUGGUUGGUCCAGGCGUAAUAUUUGUGCAAAGAUUAAUUUAAUCAGUCUUAAUCAUCAAGAUUCUGAUUCUGUCUGGAAAGUUAUUUUUUGAAUCAGCCAAAACCUACCAUUUCGCAAUCCGAGUAAAACAAGUGUGUGAUGUCGUAGUUUGUUAAAAUGUAGAUUAUUGGCUAUUUUAUUUUUUAUUGAUUAUUUCAUAUUUCUUUUUGCACACAUUUGAAAUGUACAAAGAAUAAUAGGAGGGUGUGAAUACUGUCUUCAGUGUACAGAAUAUCCACACAAAUUCACCUAUUUGGGAAACAAAAAAUGCGUGUUAAUAUGGUGAUAGUUUAUGUUUUGUUAAAUAUUAUACUUUAUUUUAAUUUCAAUUUGGUGGUCUUCCAAUGAUUGUGAGAAAUCAGUGUUCACUUGGGAAACAAAACUACUUUUAUUUACACUGGAUAAAUGCAUCAACAUGAAAUUGAGCAAAUGUGCUUUAAAAACAGGAUUUUUAAACUAUAACACUUACUUGAGAGGAGUUUUUAUAUUAUCUGCUCUAUUAUCACACUUAAAAAUCUUAUUUUAUGAGUAGAAUUUGUUCAUCUUCCCUUUGUAACUAACACCAUUUAUAGGGCGGUAUCUGGUUAAGUACCACCUUUGCAUAUGUUUUUAAAAAACGAGUGGCAGUAUUAUCUAUCACAACUGAAUUGGUGUGUUCCAAUUCUGCCAGUUUAAAAUACUUUGGUUAUAAAGUCAGAUUUUUUUCAACUAAAUCAAACUAUUGUUGCCAGUUUGAUUCCAAUUUUCUAAUAUCAGCACAGUAUUCUCAUAUUAUAUUAUUCGUCUACCCAGGCCACAAUAUUUAAUAGACCACCGUCUUGGUAAAUUCGUUUUUAAUUCACCCGAAAUAAGAAUUCUUGUUUACAGAUUGGUAAUGCUGUUUCUAAACAUAUGCAGUAUUCUCAUUAUACCAGCCACGUUUCCUGUCGUUUAUUAUUUGUCCCAAGCAAUGCUUUCUAUCUAUUAUGUAAUACUUAUGCACUGGCCAUAUAUGGAACAUGUAUAAUCGGUGCAUUUCGUCUGUGGAGCAUGUACAAAAGUGCAUUAACGAACAAAUACGUUUUGCCAUUUUUUUAUGUGUGGUGCAUGUUGAAAAUAUUUUUUAUCUGUUUUAUGUAUGUUCGAUUUUGCUACAGUGCAAUAUCUCUCAACAUAAUUUGGAAAUAGAUGAUAUCGAAGUUGAUACAUAUUUUCCUCUUUU